AUGUAUUCUCAAAAAACUUAUUUUGAUUUUAAAGAACAACCAAAAAUUUCAAUUAAUGGUAAAACGACCAGAAAAUUCGAUAUUAAAAGAGGUGUAAAACAAGGCGACCCAAUCUCGGCCACUUUAUUUGUAAUUGUAAUUGAAAUAUUAGCAAGAACAAUAAAUGCAGACAAUUCAAUAAUUGGAUUACCAAUUUCACCCAAUCCACAAAUUAAAAUCAAAUUUACCCAAUUUGCAGACGACUCUACAACAUACAACAUCAACUACGAACAACAACAACAAUCAAUCAAACAUUUCCAUAAUUUCUGCGCUUCAACAUCAUCAUCAUUAAAUUUUGACAAAAGUGCAAUAAUAGAAAUCAACCCCCACAAAAUCACUGAUAAACACAUAAUAAACAACAUUCCACAAUCAAAAAGAAUACCAAUUACCAAAAAAGAUCAAUCAGAAAGAGUUCUUGGCUAUUUCUUUAAUCAUAAUGGUUUACAUAGGAAAUUACCAGAAACAAUGAAAACACUGAUCAAAUCAUUAGUACUAUGGAAAACUAGUGGCACAACAUUAAAAACAAAAACAACCAUCAUAAACACCUACUCACUAUCACCAAUAACAUAUUUAUCAUACCUUGAAGAAUUUACAAAAGAUGAAGAAAUUCAAAUUAAUAAAUUAAUCUCAUGGUUUAUGAAUUCUCCCGCAAAUUCUGAAUCACCAACUCUCAAUACCAAUUCCAUUGAAAACAACACAUCAACCAUCCAUUCACGUGCAAAAAUACCUUUGAUGUGUUAUGAUAGAUCAUUAAAACCAUUAAAAGAAGGUGGUUGGGGUAUGUGGAAUAUACAAUUACGACAAGUUGCUCAAAAGAUUUGGAUAUACAACAGAUUUUUACAAAUGCAUAAAUCUGCAAACAAUUCAAUAUACAUGAUAAGUUGGAUGGAUCAAAUCAUCAACAAAUCAAUCUCUUCUCCAUACCUUAUAAAAAUCAAAAAAGAAUGGGAAAACUAUGCAACUCAAAUUGGACAUCUAAAAGAUAAAGUUCAAACCCUACAACCAAUAUUAACAAAAAACCAAACCUCUCAAACAUUAAACACAAAUAAUAUUUCACUACCACCAACACUCAAAGAAAUCUACUCGAAAAUACUCAACAAUCACCAAUGCAAAUCAAAAGACUAUAUUGACAAGAAAUAUUCAGAUCUACUUCUUAAUUCGCACCAACAAUCAAUACAACUAUUAUGGAAAUACACUUACGACCAACUUUUUGUCAAAAUUCAAAAAUUAAAAGAUCCAAAAGGCCGUGAUACAAUGCAAAGAUUCCAUGCUAGAUUUCUUCCAAUUAAUCAUCUACACAACAAAGUUUGCCCCAUUUGCAACAAUGAAAUGAAUAAUGAUCCCUAUGAACAUUAUCAAACUUUAACCAAUACUCAAUUAAAAACAACCUCACAAAAACUCAAAAAGAAACCCAAUGGUCCGAAACCAUCAAAAAAUUUAAAAAAGAAUGGAGCAUAA